AUGUCAACAUUCUUCGAUGCACCCAUGGAAAGUUGGACAUAUGGCACUGACAACAUGAAGCAAGAGUUUUACCCUGGCCACUCAGCUCUUGUUGCUUAUCUGCAAAAACAUGAAAUCUGGUCAUAUAGCGAGUUCUUGACCCUCCAUCAAGACAUCAUUGUUAAUGCACUGCCCUUUUCAACUGAGUGGAAUGGCCUCAACGGCAUCUGGACUAAACGAUUUUUGAAAGCGGCAGAAGAGCUCGAUUCAAAUGCCUUUGAAGAUCUGAAGAAUAAGGUGGUAUCCGAACGUUCAAUCAAUAGUUUGAAAGCCUAUUGGGAGGAAGUCAUCCGCCAGAAGAUGCAACUUGCUAAAGCCACACCCACAUCAAAACGGGUAUUGAAUGAGCAGGAGGACUUGGAUGCCAGCGCUGAGGAUGAGCGAGAGGAAGGCGAAGACGACGGGAUAUCUUAUCCCCACCAGGAAUUAUACUCUGGCCACUCUUUUCUUGUCCAGUAUUUGAAGGAGAGAGCAUCAUGGUCCUACACAGAAUUUCUGACACUCUACCGGGAUCGUCUUAUUGACGUGGCCCCGUUUGGUGAAGACUGGACAGCUCUGGAUAGGCAGUUCAUGAGAGCUGUACUGGCUGUCAUCCCGGACCCGAGUGGUGGUGUUGGCGCUCCUGGUCCGCUGUCAUCCGGAUCCAGGAGUAUCCACUGUCAUCUGGUGCCUCAUCAUGCGCGUUAA